UUUUUGCAACAACAUGUGUAACAUUUUUUGUAAAUUAGCUUGCUGGUUUAAAAUAUUUAUAUGAGUGGUAAAAUAAAAUUCAUUUAGUAUUUGAAUGGUAAUCUAUUCAUUAAAUUUUAAUAAACCUUUUUCAUAAAUGUUUUAUCUCAAAAAUAAAGAAAACUAUAUAUUUUUUAUUUUUCCAACUUGGGAGUACAAAGCACCUGCAGUCUAACAUACUUUUUAGUUUGUGUGUACUUCAUAGCAAUGUCUCAAAUUUGUAUUGUUAUAAUGAAAUCGGACAACCUUAAAGUGUAUAUUUAGUUACACUGUUUCGGAAGAAAAAAAAAUGAAAACAUUUUAACUUUAAGUAAAGCUUAAAACCUUUGUCAAAUUUUGUAAAUCAAAUUUUUUAUUUAAGUGGUUUAUAGAUACAUCGUAUCAUAAGUGUUGUGAUAAUAACAAAUAUACCAGAGUUUUAAUGAAUUACUGGUGGAUUAGUACUAGAACUGCUCAUCAGGAGUUAUUUCAUAUGUCAUUUUGAAAAAUUAAAAUUAAUUAUUAAAAUUAUGUAAAUACCUUCAGUUGAUACGUUGUAUGUUCUGAUUGAUGAAAAAUGGUUGUUACUUUUUGUGCGAUGGAUACGUUUGAAAGAAUUCUCACACCAAGUCCCUUCCAUUUGAAUUGUGAAGAAUUGCAUCUGCUAGUUCAGGAUAUGUCGUCCACUGCUGACCGAACAAAUAUGAUGACCAAAUUCCAUAGCAAUGAUUUAGAUCUCAUAUCGCAGGUGUUAAAUGAUAAGGAGAAAGACCUUGAGCUUGCUGCUAAAAUUGGCCAGUCAUUGCUGCAAAGGAAUAAGAGCCUCAUGUUGAAGAUUGAGAAGAUGGAAGAAUACCUUAACCAAACCAUGGAUAAUGAGCAACAACUAAAGUUUGAUUUGCAGCAAAAGAAUGAAUUAGUGAAAAUGUAUUGGGAAGAUGGUGAAGAGAGAAGCAUUAGUUCUGUAGGCUCACAAGGGGACGCUUGUGACGACGAGGAUAUGAUGCGUUUGACGAAAAGAUGUCGGGACCUUGAAAAAGAGAAUCAUGAUUUAUUUACAGAGGCAUUGGAUAUUCGGCAGCUCACAAAUGACAUUGAAGAUAAAGAGGAAGGAUUGGUGUUUGACUGCAUCCAACAACUAUCUGAAGCGAAAACACAAAUCACGACAUUGACUGACGAGAUUGCUGAAAAGUUUGAAGACAACCUUCAACAGCAAGAAGAAAUCACCCAGCUUAUAAAUAUGGUUGUGGAGUUGCAAAAGAAACAGAAACAGCUGAGUGCUGAAAAUGAAUUGUUACAGAAUCAGCUGCAAGAAUCAAAUGAAAAUCAAGACAACUUGAAAGAGCAGCUAAUCGAGAUGCAGAAAAAGUUUCGCGAGACGUAUGAAAUGUUACAAGAAAAUCAGGAAGAAAUGAAAAAUUUAAAAUCGCGAUUAGACUCAUCAGGCAAUCCGUCUGAAUGGUUAAACGAUUCAUCCAACUCCCUCUCAUUACAGGAUUCGUUAGCCAAUGAAAUAGAGGAAUUUGUGAGAAGAGAUUUGACAAUUCAUCAAGAAAAGAAGCUUCAAAACAAGAAAGUUUUGGACAAUGUUCGGAUGUUGAACAACAGGGAGACAUUCUCCAUAUCAACUUCUGGUCGCACUUCCCCUGCUUCAAACUGGAGUUUUGCAUCAGACGAACGCUCUGAAGCGGCGUCUACUUUUAGUUUCGAUGAAGGAAGUCGUCCUCGGAAACCUGUGAAGAAGCUGCAGAUUGUGAAACCAAUGGAAGGUUCUGACACUUUAAGCAAAUGGCAUCACCUUGCUUCGCAAAACGUUCGAGGUGGCUUGCACAUCUCAGAGCGUGACACUUCUCCUUUGAAGAGUGAAAAAGGGUUGGAUGUUUCAUUAGAUGAUGAUCGUUCCACUGUCAUUGGCGAGGGAAAGUCUUUGCCGAAAGCUCACUUAAUAAUAGACAGCUCAACAGAUGAUGAGCAACUGGUGACAGUACGUAGGCCUCCACCACGGACGUUAAAACAAAGCACGCCUAACGGUGGAAGUAAAACGACUGACUUAUUGAACUUGCUUGGAACUCCCGCUGAAAAGAAACGGACUAUAAUUACAAGGAGUUCAUCCGCGUUAAAUUCUUUGAGACAGGGGAGAAAGCUACUGAAAAGUCAAGGUAGUGAUGCUAAAUCAAAAUCCGAGGUCAUUGGUAUGAUUGCAAACGCCAUGAGUAAGGUGAACGUUGAAGCGCAAACGGAGCAAAGGAUACUCUCCUCCUUAUCACAACACGACGGACGAGGGAGAGCGUUAAGUUUAUCCAAAUCUCCUGAGUAUAAAGAUUACGUUGACAUGCCCAAUGUAUCCAGAGUGUUGGAAAAAGCGGCAAGUUCAAAACAAAUCGAAGAGGAAGACGUAACGCCUGUUGUUUCCGAUUCGGAACCAACGGAAUAUCGUAAGUCCAUACUCCCAGAAAAAGAGCUUGAUAGUAUUACCGGGCCAUUAGGAUUAUUAAACCGGGCGGACCCGAUCGAUACGAACGAUAAUAUAAUGAAUCGAUUAUAUCGUUUAUCUGGUCACAGUACAAACGCGCCUCAACCAAGAAGUGAAGAGAACAAACCGAUAAAGAUAACGACGUCUGCGACAGAAAAAAUCGAAACGACGACAAUGAAACGAAACAAGAGUAGUGGUUCGCUUGUUGAUAUGAUGAUGAACAACAAAAUUCAAGCUAGACCAUUCGGCCUUUCAAAUUUAGUAAGCACUUCAAGUGCAGACAAUUUUGUUAAUGAUACGAAUAGUGUGUCCAAUUUAAAGGACAAUGUAACAUCCAGGAGUGUCGAAGGAGGUUCGGACAACAUUGUUUUAGAUGAGGAUUUGCUUAAGAGAACUUCAAAGUCAAUGGAAGCAGGACUGGAUACAGCAAAAAGGACAGAAAGUUCAGCAAGUAGUUCAGGUUACAGUAGCGGUUUCUUUUCGUUUCUUGGAAAGUUUACUUAACAGCGAAUUACCAUUUCGACACGCUACUUGAUUUGCAGAAUGACUUGCCUCGUAUAGCCAUACGGUGCGUGAAACGUUUUUGUUUACACGCUCUAUCUUGUAUAAUCACAGAUCCUAACGAAAUUAUGAAGCAAGCAUAUUUUCCCAUUCACAGGAGUAGAACGGUAUGUUGAUCUCAGAAAAACAAGUUCGUUAUAUUUCGAAGGUUUACUAUAAUUGUAAAUUUUAAUUUUGACCCUAAAAAGUAUUUAUAUACCAUGUUCAAUAUUUUUAUAACAAUACACUUGUGUAUAUACUGUCUAUAGAAAAUGGAAAACUGUUUUUUUUUUGUCA